UCUUACUGAGUGAAAAAGGGGGAUUUGAACGUCGUACAGGGGAGCAGCAGCCACAAAGCUCUUCACCAGCUCUUCAGUGCGAAGCUCAGAGGAAGGACCUCACCACCUGGAAGCAUGCACAAGCGCACCAAGAUCAACAUUGCCAUUUUCGUGCUGCUGGUGGGCAUGGCCUGCAUGUUCACGGCGGUGGUGACGGACCACUGGGCCGUGCUGAGCCCCUCGGUGGUCAAGCUGAACGACACAUGCGAGGCCGCGCACUUCGGCCUGUGGAGGAUCUGUAAGAAGCACAUCUACAUCAGUGGAGAGAACUACCAGGAGGGGCAGGGAUGUGGACCCAUCAGCCUGCCUGGAGAGGAAAACUGCACGUACUUCAGCCACUUCACUCCAGGACAGGACUCCGAGAUAUUUGAGUAUAAAACACAGAAAGAGUACAACAUCUCAGCAGCAGCCAUCUCCAUUUUCGCCCUGGGCUUCAUGCUGCUAGGCUCCUUGUGUCUGAUCGGCUCGUGCACCGGGAAGGACAAGGGUCGACUGUACCUCCUCAAACCCGCCGGCAUGUUCUUCGCCUUCUCCGGCCUGUGCUCGUUCAUCUCCCUGGAGGUCAUGCGCCAGUCGGUCAAACGCAUGAUCGAGAGCGAUGACACCAUCUGGUUCCAGUACUACUACGCCUGGUCCUUCGCCUGCGCCUGCGUGGGCUUCGUGCUGCUCUUCCUCACCGGCAUCGCCCUCCUCAUCCUCUCCAUGCCUCAGAUGCCGCGCAACCCAUGGGAGACGUGUAUGGACGCCGAGCCGGAGCAAGUGGAGUGAGGAGCGUCGGAAUAUUUCAGUUGUCGGUCACUGGAGGAGCUGGUGAAACAAACUACCAGGCGGAGCUCCUGUUAGAUGCUCACUAUAAAGGGCUCCUUUGAAUAACACAUCAGCAGCUGUGACUUCACGUACACAUCAGUUAUGGGAGCUACUUUUGAUGCAGGUGUGGCUCAAGAUUCGGCAACUGAUUUGGAAAAAUAACCAUAACUAGUUACUCUCUAACUGAUAAGAGGUGCGUCAUUCCGUUUCUGAACGGGAUGGCGCUCUCUCUUUUCAUGACAUUAGGCUUUGACUUUGUUCCUCAAACAUCCGCGCUAAAUUUAGGACCGAAAAGCUCUUUUUUGAGGCUCCGAAACAAAGAACAUGAAGUUUCCAUGAGCAACGACUUUGGUACAGAAGGCCAUGUGUUUGACCAUUUGAUCAAUAAUAAUGUAAGGAAUAUUGUGUAAAAAUAUGACGUUGAAAUGGCCAUAAAACACAUCUUGGUUUAGCUGAGACAGACUAUAGUAAAAAAGGUAUGCAAUGAAAUAUGGUCCUUUUAUAAUAGCAAUGUGGAAAAUUGUCAGAAUACGUGUUUGAAAAUAUGGAACUUACAUAACUUGGAUGUAUUUUCAUCAACUGGUUUUCAUCUUUAUUAGCCAGAUAGAAAAGGUAGAGUGAUGUUUUCAUGAUUUAAGCUCUUCAAGAAAUGCUCAUCCCAAAGGAAGUGGAUCUCCAUCAUUUGUACAUUAACCAUGAGAGGGAUGUCAUGAAUGAGUACUGCAGUUGUAAAUGGAGUUGUCUGCAUGUAUUUAUUUUUUAACAGGUAAAAAAAAUAGUCAUUUUUGGC